CACAACACAAGCAAGCGAGAUUGUAAACAAUCCUGCGAGCAGAAUCACCGCAGCUUUGGUUGGCGAUUACACAGCCGGAAUAUUGAAUUGCCGGUUUUUGUUUUCGACCAUCAUUCCGGCACACCAUGGCUGAGGUAAAUGCAACACAAUUGGCACGACGGCGAUUCCUCACGAUUGCCAUCUCGUCCCAGCUGGAAGAGGCUGGCUUCAGCACGGCAGAAAAGGACGCCCUGGAAACGCUCACCGAGAUGAUGCAGAGCUUUCUAGUUGAGCUGGGACACUCGGCUAGGAAUUACUGUGAACUGGCCGGACGAACGCAGCCAGUGAUCGGGGACGUGGUUGUGGCGCUGGUCAAUAUGGGAAUUUCCAUCCGGGGACUGGACACGUUCGCCAAACGCGAAGGCCGGCACGUGCUGCCCCAACCGCAGCAAGCGCAGGCACAGAAGCAGCAGUCCAUACUGCAGGCUGGCCAGAAGAUACCUCACCCGUCCUACAUUCCCAGCCAUCUGCCCCAGUUCCCGGAUCCGCACGCAUACAUACGAACGCCGACCCACAAACAACCGGUGACGGAGUACGAGGUGAUCCGGGAGAAGGCGGCACAGCAGCAGCGGGAUGUAGAGCGUGCUCUGACCAAGUUUCUGGCCAAAACGAGCGAAAUCGAUACGCUGUUCGACAACGAGGAGAACCCCAUGUUCCCGCUCAUCGCCUGCAAACCAUCCUUUCCGCCCUACCUGCAAGCACUGAACCCGAGCGACCAAAUAUUUGACUUCGAGGAGCUCGAGUAUUACUAUCUGGUGGCAAACCGGAAGGAAGACAUAACGGAAACGAAAGAAGAGGCCGACGCCGGCGACGAUGACGACGACGAGGACGGGGAGAGUCCGAAAAAGGAGGACAAAGCGUCCCAGGAAGCCAAACAGGAGGUGGAGGAGGCGGCUUCGCCUUCCGCAUCGAAAAGCGACUCUCCGGCGGCGACGGCAAGUGCUUCGGCCGGUGGCAGCGGACAGACGUCCGGCGUCAGUACGCCGGCACCGAUCGAUAAUCCUUACCUGCGGGCGGCGACAAUACCGCGAAAGGUGAAGCAUGAAAUGCGCUAGAGUUUAGCGGCGAUCUUAGGUUAAUUUCGAAUGUAGGAAAUAAAAAGAAACACCGAACACAACUCG